AUGCCGCCUCGCCGGAGAGGUCCGGCGCCUCCGCCUAGUCAGAAUCAGUCGACAACUUCUGUUCCUGCUCAAAGAACCAGUGGCGUCACACUUUCAGUCCAUCCAAUUUGGCCAGACAUUCAGUUCACACAGGGCGAGCUCUUCUUCGAGUGCACUCUUUUCUUGUAUUCCGUCUUGGCACUAUUUCUGCAAUAUCUUAAUAUCUACAAAACUCUUUGGUGGCUCCCAAAGUCAUACUGGCACUAUUCACUUAAAUUCCACCUAAUCAACCCGUACUUUUUAUCAUGUGUGGGCUUGCUGUUAGGCUGGCGAGUGACCGUAUGCUUCUGGAAGACAAUCACAGAAGUGAUAGCUACAAUCUCAGCGAAUCGAUCCCAAUUCAUUCAGUCAUCAUUGAUGAUUAUCGAGUAUGCAGCUAUCAAGACACCAGUGAUGACUCUGAUCAUCACAAGUUUUCUGUUCAGUUUCAACAGGGUCUGUCAUGAUUUUCCCAACCAAUCGGUGCUCUGGUUUCUCUUUCCAAUCCUCUGCUACAUCUUCAUAUUCCGUUCUGAAAUCAUCGGAUGGUUCGGCCGGCUUCGUGACCUUCUCGGCAAAUGGCGUCGGAAAGAAGUGGAUUUCGGUGGGCUUUGCGAUCGUCUAAUGGACUCGCCACCGGCUCAAAUAGACCUUGAAUCCGUGCUACACAUGUGCAGCGAUAAUCCAGCGCAGAUUCGAGAGGAAAUUCAAGUUUUGAUUGAUGAUCUAGUACUACGUGUAAAGAAAAGCAUCUUUGCGGGGGUGUCAACUGCGUUCCUCAGUAUCAUGUUGCCAUGUAUUUUUGUUCCGUACAAAACGAGUCAAGGAAUGCCUCAAAAAAUUCUAAUCAACGAAUUCUGGGAGUGCCAACUUGGCAUCGUCGUUGGUCUCACCGCGUUCUCGCUCUACGUCGCCUAUCUGUCCCCACUAAACUAUCUGGAUCUUCUGCAUCGAGCAGCCAUCCACCUUGGAUCGUGGCAUCAGAUAGAGGGUCCUCGAAUUGGCCAUACAGGCAGUAUGAUUGCUGCGCCAACUCCAUGGAACGAGUUCUGUCUCUAUAAUCAUGGAGAGACGGUUCAGAUGCCUGAUGGACGGUGCUAUCGAGCCAAGGCGUCGCAUUUGAUACGAACCGUGGCGGCGCAUCCCGAGAGUUCCAGACAUAACACUUUCUUUGUGAGUUUUUUGACUUUUUUGAACAAAAGUGCUCCAAAAGCCGCACUACCUCAUCAACACAAUGUGCACUUUCGAAUUCGCCUAAUCUUCAUCCAAUUCUGGAUGCUGGUCCUCACCAAUGACUGGCAGCACAUUGUGACGUUUGUGCUUCUCAUGUUCGCCAACUAUCUCCUUUUUGCCAAAUUGUUCAAGGACAAAAUCAUAUUGGGACGAAUCUACGAGCCAUCGCAAGAGGAUCUUCUGCUAAUGCAUCAACUCCAUCAAGAACGCUAA